AUUCUUUUCAUGUUUGUUUGAAUGAAUCCAAUUUUCUUUAUCCAUUUCAUUUCCGGUCAUCUAAUAAUUAUAGAAUGAUACAAAAAAAACAAUCAUCCACAAAUCCGUUCGGAUUUUUAUUCUGUAAAAUUCUAAUUCAAAUUUAUUUUUUAAAUCUAUAUCAGAAUGUCUUGUUUGUCAUCAUCAUAUAAAAAUACACAAUGAUUGUCUACAUAAGCAUACAGGGAGGGUUUGACAGUCAUAUGAACAUCAACAACAACAACAACAACAACCGAACGAAAAUCCGAGCAAAAGAAAAAAAAAUUUAUCACUCAAAUUUUUUUUUUUUUUGUAUGAAUGGAUUUCCCGUGAACAUCUACGUGAAAGAAAAAAAAAUUUCACGUACACCACCACCACCACCACACAUCAUCAUCAUCGUCAUAAUAUGGGCAAUAUGCCAAUAUUAUGUCGGUGUGUGUGUGUGUCUUUGUUUGUGGGCUGUUCUGUUUUUCAAAGAUGAUAAUAUUGUUGAUCUUUUUUUUCCAUACAGUUAUGUAUGUGUGGCCGCAAUUGAAAGUUAAUCUAACAAAAAAAAAAAAAAAAUUUUGAUUUAAAUUUUUUUUUCCAUUUUUAUUGUUGUUUUUUUUUCUCGCUAUUGUCAAUUAUCAUUUCAAACAACAACAACAACAUAUUCAGUUCAAUCAUAUCGAUGAGGUUUUUCCUUUUUUUUUUUCUUUUUCUCCAUGUGUCCAAAUGAGAGACAACAACCAACAACAACAAAAAAAAAAAAAAAAUUAUCUGGUCGACCAAUUGUGUCUAGUGGUUGGUUGGUUGGUUUAGUUUGGUUUGGUUCACAUGAUAUUGUGGUAACAAUUUCAUUAUUUUUGUUAUCAUCAUAUUCGAUAACGACAGGGAAAUUAACAAAAAAAAAAAACGAAAAUGAUUAAACGACCGACAAAACCAUUGACCAACGUGAUUGCCAUUUCCGGUUGUCGUUCUCAUCUUGUUUUUGUUCGUCAUUGAAUUGAAUCAGAAAAGAAGUGGAAAAAAAUGUAAAAUCCGUUUUAUUUUCAAUAUUUAUAUCAUCUUUUUCAAAAGAUGAUAUUUUGUCGUUGUCGUUCAAAAAAAAAAAAAAAAAAAAAAAUAGAUGGAUUUGUUUGAUUGAUUGAUCGAUUGUGAUCGAUCGAUGGUUCAAUUUCCAUAUAUUGAAAUUGAAUUUCAAUAUGUUUCCAUAUGCUUUGCAUGCAUACACGCACAUCAUCAUCAUCUUAUUGAUGGCUAUCACGUAAUUGAAAUUUGGUUUCAUCAUCUCUAAUUUCAAUUGAUUUAAUUCUAAACGAAAAAUCAAAUAAAAUAAUGGGCUAGGAUCUGACCAAUUUAGAUGUUUCGAUUCGUUACAAACACAUCAAUUUGCCAAUUGCUUCCUUUCCAUCCUUAUUCCCAAUACAAAUUUUCUAAUGUUGUAAUAAAGCUUUUGGAAAAUUAUCAACCAACCAAACAAACAAACAACCAACUAAACUAAAUCAUCCGUCGUUAAGCUUUGAGCGAAGAUAAUAAUAAUAAUAACAAAAAAAAACUCGUCCAAAUGGUUGAAUAUUUUCAUGAUUUCAAAAUGUCCCUCGGUCUCAAGGAGAUUGUUUCGAAGAACAAACUCCGUUAUAAAGAAGAUGGUUACGAUCUGGAUCUUUCCUAUAUUUCUAGGAAUAUAAUUGCCAUGGGAUUUCCAGCUGAAACAUUAGAACGAAUAUAUCGUAACAACAUCAAUGAAGUGGUCAAAUUUUUUGAAGAAAAACAUAAAGAUCAUUAUAAAAUAUACAAUCUUUGCUCUGAAACAAAACGUCGUUAUGAUACAUCAAAAUUCAAAGGAAUGGUUGUGGAACAAUAUUCAUUUCAGGAUCAUAAUCCACCUCCAUUUUAUAUGUUAAAAGAAUUUUGUGAAAGUCUACAUAAAUGGUUAAUUUCCGAUUCAAACAAUGUUGUUGCCAUACAUUGUAAAGCAGGAAAAGGACGUACCGGUUUAAUGAUCUGUGCGUAUCUUGUUUACACUGGAAAAUGUAUUGAUGAGCAAGGAAAAUUUGUGACCAUUGAUGGUGCCGAUGCGGCUCUCGAUUAUUAUGGCCGACAACGAACACGUGAUCAUAAAGGAGUGACAAUACCAUCACAAAAACGUUAUGUUCAUUAUUUUGAAUACCUAGUCAAGCACAAUCUCGAAUAUCGGCCCAGCCAUCUUAGGCUAACAUCUUUGAUUCUAACUUCAAUACCGGUAAAUAAUGGUGGUGCCUAUACAUUGAUCUGUGAAAUUUAUCAAAUACCAAAGCAAAAAAUCGAGUCAUUUGAAAUUGAAAUGAAGAAAGGCCAAAAAUAUCUGUUUUUCACUUUACCUAAACCGUUGAUUAUUCAUGGUGAUGUUAAGCUAGAAUUUUAUAUCAAAAAAAUGAAAAAGAAAUUGUUUCAAUUUUGGUUCAAUACAUUUUUUGUCGGCUGUGGUUACGAUACCGAUACUUAUACGAUCAUAACCGAACCAUGUCCUCAUUGUCCAAAUGGUGAACGGAUAUCCAUUCCUAUUUCUUAUCCUAAUAGUACAGGAGAAAUUGGUAAUGGAAGCAAUGGUGGCAAAUCAUCAUCAUCAUCAUCAAUAAUAAUCACAAAGAAUCCAAAUGAUCAUCAGCCUGUGAUUGACUUAUCAUUUUUCGAUUUGAUCAAGAAUGAAAACAGUUUCGAUCCCUGUGAUUGUGCAAAUUCGAUUUUAUUUCAAUCGUCUGAAAUUUUCGAUUCAACCACAAAUGUCCAAGAUUAUUGUAGCAAUCAUAAUUCAAAUUAUAAUAAUCCUCUGUUUAUAUCGUCACAACAACUACCAAACACAUCAGUAUCAUCGUUCAAAUCAUCUUCAUCAACAUCGUCUUCGAAUAGUUCAUCCACACAAUCAUUGUGUAAUAAUACUUGUAAUCAUGUUAUAAAUUAUAAUGGUAAAAAGACGAGCAAUCCGGAUAUGAUUCAAACAUUCAAUCAGGAAAAAAGUCUUCAUCUAGUAUUACCUAAAGAGAAUCUUGACCAAGCAUAUAAAGAUAAAUCUAACAAAAUUUUUCCUGCCAAUUUCAAGGUUGUAUUAAAAUUCAAUCAAGAUUCAUUCGAUGGUUUAGAUACAACGAUAAUAUCAUCGAAUGAUCAAUACAUUUGUAGUGAUUCAAAUUGUAAUCCAUAUGGUUACAGUGAAAGUGAGAAUAUUACCUCUGAAGAUGAUGAUGAUCCAUCUGAUCAUGAAUUAAAUAAUGGUAGUAGUAAUCAUUCUACAUUGACAAUGAAACGAACAUCAUUUGAGCCUAAUAAUCAUAAUCAUAAUCAUAAUCAUAAUAAUCAUAAACAUCAACCAAUACAGGCGAAUCAAUCAUCAUCAUCAACA